AUGCCGCUACGCGAUGUGCCUGCCAGACAGCCACGCCUGACUUCGGCCUCCCAUCCUAACCUUCGUACAUCCAGAACUGGCUCGGACUACCUGACCUGA